GUUAAUUGUGAGAGCCUGCUGUCUCUAGUCCAAAGAAUUUGACAGUCUCCCUGACACCAUGACUGCACCUCUCCUGACUCCCCUGGUCGUGGCUCUCCUGAUCGCCUUGGCUCAAGGAGCUUCUGUUGGUGUGGAGAUCAUCAAUGGGAAAAAGGCUCAGAAGGGCUCCUUUGAUUACAUGGCUUCUGUGCAGAAAGACGGGAAGCAUAUAUGUGGAGGAUUCCUGAUAUCUCCUGAUUUUGUGCUCACUGCAGCACAUUGUGACAACGGGAAAAACAUGAAUGUGGUUCUCGGCUCUCAUGACAUUCAGAAGGGUAACAGGAAUGCUCUGAGAAUCCGUGUGAUGAAAAUAAUAAAGCCCAAAGCAUACAUAAAGCCGGGUGGCGGCAGUGACAUCAUGCUCCUAAAGCUAUCAAAAAAAAUCAAAUUAAGCAAAAAUGUAAAAACAAUUACAAUUCCGGAGAAGGAUGGACCCAUCGGUUCGGACGUAAAGUGCACCGUGGCAGGCUGGGGCAAAACUGAAAAGCAGCCUCACGUCACGGACCUUCGCUUUGUUCAUGUGUCCACCAUUAACCGUGGCAUCUGCCAGAAACAGUGGAAUAAAAAGCUGCCAGAUAACACAAUCUGCGCUGGAGGGUACAAGACCAAAGACGGGGCAUGCCAGGGAGACUCAGGGGGUCCACUGGUGUGCAGUGGCCAAGCAGUGGGAAUCGUUUCCUUCAACACCGGAAAUUGCAGCUACCCAAAUAAACCCAAUGUUUAUACUCAGAUCUCAAAGUUCUUGCCUUGGAUCAAGAAGUAUGACUGCGGCACAUUGGCUGACAAAGCAACGUCUCCCACUGAGAUGGACAUCAAAGUGAACAACUCAAGACUGCGGUUAAGAAGACCAAAGAAGUGCAGUGGAUCCCCCUCCCUGAGGAAGCUGAAGACGUCCAGCCUGGAACGGUGUGGCAGGAUGGGGGGGACCAAGAAACGAAUGGGUCUGGAAGCCCACGCCUCCAAACUGUAA